AUGGCCUCUGGUAUUCCGCAUUCCGUCUCAUCCACAACUUCCAUUAUGGAUAUGGACCAAUUCGCUCGAAAGGCUUGCGGCCCGGGCGAUAUGCACGAUCUAGUUACCCCUCCUUUGCUCCAGACGGAGCUCGAGGGCUUUUACCAAGGAGACCCUCAGUCUUCGGCGGCAGCCUCGUUGCUCCGCUUUCUCUCAGCACUGGAUACUCUCCUCGCCCUUCCUGUCGAAUCUUUGGGUGUCAGCACGUCGCAAAUCCGAAUCUUAUGGAAGCUGUUCUUCGUUGAGCAGGCUCUAUUCAUAGCGCAGACUCCCUCCCCGGACGUCGACCUUAUACAAAAGUUCACCCCUGACAAGCACCCCAGUGAGAUGUUGGAUGACGCGAGUAUGCUCAGGGUUGCGACGGGGCAAUCCAAACUGGGCCCCCUGGCCGCGCUCGAGCACCGUAAGCUCGGUCCGCUGCAAUGGUGGCUCGCAGCUGGUAUAAUCACUAACGGCCGCGCGAUGCAGCGGCAGGACAUCUACAACAGUGUUCUGCAACUGUUUGCGGAGCAACAGGACAGGACUCUUCUACCUUCGUCCCAAACAGAACCUACUCAGGCCGCCGGUCAACAUACCUCGAACUUCGACUUCUUCGCUGACUCCCCCACCCCCACCGGAACUGAAGCGAACACCUUCGGCGCCGGGAGUGUCGGACAGAACUCGGCACCUGCUACGCCGCCCAUGGUAGGGAACGCAGCUGUCACAGCCCAUAGGGGCAUUGCGUCGCCUUGGCUUGCCCCGCGCGAGUUUCGGGGAGAGAUCAGUUGGCGCAUCGGGGACAUGAACCAGCUUGUUGACGACCUCCUGCACUGGCCAUCGGGGCAGUCUGUCCCAGACGCUCUAAUCUGGGAGCACCCGGCAAUGCAUGGCUGUCUUGUGGACGUGAAUGGACGCGCACCGCAGUUCCAGGCAGGUUAUGUUCACUUUUGA